UGUGGGUGACGGAGGCAAGCGAGCCUCCUGCCGCCCGGAGUUGGAUGGUGCCAUCGUCCCCUCUAGCGAUUGCUCCUGCCUGUUGCCAAGGCCGGACGGUGCAGGCGGGAUGGCGGAGCGCGGCGGCCCCUCGCCCACGGGGGGCUCCGGCCGGACCUGGUGCCUCAGGCGAGUGGGGAUGAGCGGCCAGUGGCUCCUGCUGGAGAGCGGCAGCGAGGUAACUAUAGGCCGAGGAUUUGGUCUCACCUACCAGCUGAUCUCAAAAACCUGCCCACUGAUGAUCUCUCGUUACCACUGUGUUUUCAAGCAGAAUGCACAAGGCCAGUGGACAGUUACAGACAACAAGAGUCUAAAUGGUGUUUGGUUGAAUAAGGAACGUCUUGAUCCAUUAAAGGCCUAUCCAAUAGGUGAGAGAGACCAUAUUCAACUAGGAGUGCCUUUGGAUAACAAAGAGACUGCUGAAUAUGAAUAUGAAGUGAUUAAGGAAGAAUGGGAGAAAGUUAGUCCAUUUUUAGCCCCAAGGAAUGACCAACUGAUGGGGAAACCUAAGGGUGCAAGAACUAAACGUAAACUUAGUUUGGAGGAAUCAGAGGCAUCUGGAGCAGAAGGCCCUUCGAACUCCAGAUCUAAAAGGGACAGAGUGUCCUGCGAUAGUGAACCUUUGGGUAGAUCAUGUGGGAGGGCAGAACUGGCCAAACAGCCAACAGAAAACAUGGAUGUCAAGCUGCCUUCUCCUGGACCAAGCGUGGAGGAGGAUAAAGCUACAGUGUAUAGUAAUCCUAUGAAUUCUGAGAAAGCUACAUCUCUUAGCCAUAAGGACCAGAAAGCCUCUAAUCUGGCACAGUCUUGGAAUGGUUUGGAAAUGCUGAGGCAAACCCUGGGAAAUAUAAUGAAGCUGAAAGUCAAGGUGGAGGAGAAGCAGACAGCUGUUUUGAGAGUGAAGAAGAGCAGAAAGUCUGGCCAAAAAGAGCUCAGAGUGAUGGAGCAGGAGCUGCGGGAAUUGCAGGACCAGUUGUGCACUGAACAGGAGCAUCAGCAGCAGAGGGUGGAACAGCUGGAGAGGACAUUCUAUGAGGAGCAGCAGCAGCUUCUGGAGGGAGUGAAGAAGCAGCAAGGGGAAGAGAAUUUGAAGGAGCAGCUGGCCCAGGUUCUGCAGGAGCAUCGUGCCCUGAUGGAUGAGCUGAGCCGUAGCAAGAAGGAUUUUGAAGAGAUCAUUCAAGCUAAGAAUAAGGAGUUGGAAGAGACUAAGGAGGAGAAGGAGAAGGCAAGAGCGCAAAAGGAGGAGGUUUUGAGUCAGAUGAAUGAUGUACUGGAGAAUGAGCUGCAGUGCACAAUCUGCUCUGAACACUUUAUUGAGGCUGUCACUCUGAACUGUGCACACAGCUUCUGCUCCUACUGCAUCAAUGAAUGGAUGAAACGUAAAGUGGAGUGUCCCAUCUGCAGGCGAGAGAUACAAUCCAAGACGCGCUCCCUGGUACUGGACAACUGCAUUGACAGGAUGGUAGAAAACUUGAACUUGGAGAUGAAGGAGCACCGCCUGGCUCUCAUCCGAGAGCGCAAAGAUUAUAAACACAAAAGACAAGCCCCACGCAGAUGGUCUCCAGACCUACAGCUUGAAAAACUUGCUGUAAAGCGUACAGUGUGGCAGUAAGAGGAGAGAAACAGGAUGUCUUAGUGAACCCAGCCACGGACAGUGAGAGCAGUAUCAUUUCUUCGAUCUAUUCCAUCUUGUCGAUGAGCAGUUAUGACAGUGAUGAAUUUGAGGAGGACUCUGACUACGAUAAUAUCUAUGAUAUCUAUGGUAUCUGAACACCCACAUCGCAGAUUGGAUUGCCUGUGAGCCAUGCAGAAUCAAUCUAAGUGUGCUUGGAUCUACUGCCGUCAGAGGUGAAUGGAUUGUAUGUUUGGAAAAAUAGGUGUUGAACAGCCUGGAAUUCGAGCUGCAGAUGAAGAGUGCUUGUCAGAGCAUUGUUUUUGUUUUUAAAAGAAUGUAUAAUUUCUUGCCCUCUAAAGCAUCCAGACUGGAAUUGUGGGGGUAACUCAUGCUUGUCAUGCUAAAUACAUUUAUAUACAAACUUUGAUUUCCACGAUCACUUGUGACCCGAUCAGUAGAAUAAUGUCCUGGUUUCCCUGCCUGCUCUGCUGCUUGUCUGCUGGGUUGAAUUACACCUAUUCAAAUGUUUGUCUGUUUCCUUUAUUUCAGCUAGUGGAGAGAAUGGAUAGAUAUUUGAGCAGGCCUGCCAUUCCACCCAGCAGAUAGCAGAGGUACACCUAACACACCAGUACAGUGCCAGUUUAAGAUGGGUUUUCCUUGUGCGAUUUUACAUGACAGCUUGAUUCAUGCUUGUCUUUGUGUCAUUAAUACUUGGCUGACUGUACCUGUACCACCCUUUGAUCCCAGUGUGCUCAGUUCAUUGUAGAUUGGGGUGCUGGGUCUCUGGCUGUUCUACUGAUGUCACUUAUUUUUUGUUAGGUAGAGAUGGAGAAGAUUGAAUUACCCAAGUGUCAGUCCAAAUCAGUGCUGUACUCGUUGCUCACAAAGCAUCUUAAUUGUUCUCUUUCCAGGCCUUUUCCUGCUUAAAGAAGGUGGGAAAUGAGCACAUCUAGGAACAGUAAUUUAAAAACCCUAGUCAGUCCCUGCCAAAAGCAGAGAUAAUGUUUAUCUCUUCAGAAGUGCUACUGCUAUUUGAGUUAAUGGAAUGUCCUGUUUGCCUGGUGGGGAGGUAGCAGGUAGCAUCUGUGGCAAAACACAAGGCAAGAAGGGGGAAAGUACUGUGUCUACAUAUUUUUACUGUUUACAAAAUGUUGCUGUUCAGCUGGGACAUAACACUAGCCUUGCUGCAAAGAAAAUCUUCACUGAGGAGCUGGUGAAAAAAUCUUGCCUCGUUUUUGCAAGCGCCUGACUGUGAAGCUCUGUUUCCUUUGGCCUAUAUACUUGAGUUAGUUUUGUUAGCUGAAAGGUACCAUUUGAUUGUGUGGGAGAGAAAAACACAAUCAUCUGUAGUAGUAUUUCUCUAUCCAUGUGUAUGUAUAUACCCAUUUCUCUGUUUCUCCUGCUUCUAAGGAGAGAGAUGUGAACCACUUCCGCUGUUCUGCCUGCCACACCCAGAGACACAAACUUCAUUCUGCUAAUUACUUUUGACUUUAAUGAUAAAAAUGGGUCCUGAUCUCAUUUUUAUAGAUCUGGUUGCUUAACGUUAAAAACAUUUUCUCCUCUGAUAGUCAUAGGAGCCUCAGCAUUUUACUAUUUUUAUGAAGUUAUUCCAAAAGACUUGUGCAUUCAGGGAUUUGUAUGACAAAUCACACAGACCAUUCUGCCCUGCAUUUGUUGGGGCAGAUAAGCCAACAAUUUAAUAUAGGUGGAACACACAGCACCCUGACCCUGGGGAUGUAGUAUUUCUUAUUUUAAACUAUCCCAUGCUAAAGAAAGGACUCAUUGCAGGAGUGUGUGAAGAGUGAUGCCAUUCCACGAGGCAAAUGUGUCCUGACAUGAUUUGUGUGAUCAGGACUAUAACAGGGACAAAAUGUCUGGUCUAGAAACCAUGUCCAGGUACCUGUCACCCUCCUUAAACUUCAAUGUAAAGUUUCUCUCCUGCUGUGGAGGAGCCAACACUACCUUGAGGUUUCCUGCUCUCCUGUGCUCUUGACAUUCAAUUCCUACAUGUAUGUUAUCUUUAGAAGUGCUAGUCAGUUGGGGUGGGGGGAGUCAAUAGAGGAUUGAGAAUGGUUGACACUAACCCAGGUCUCUCUGUGGAAGAGAUCUGUUUCCAUCUAGCAUGGGAUAAGCUCUCUGGAGCUCAAGGAUUACAGAUUUCUUCUAUCAGAUGUAUUUUGCCAUGUUGCUGUAUUAUUUUUUCUGCCUGUUUUAUUUUUACUAAAUAUAUUUAUUUUGCUUCUUUG